UCUCACCGUUACCAUAGCGACCAGACCGCAGAUCCUCGCUGCCUUGUCAACAUCUUUGAGCGUCGGCAGCUCCGGAGGCCUGGGUAACUGACGGAUAACCAGGAUUUGGAGUGGCCCCCUGGAGGACUCAAAAGGAGUUAAGACAGAUCUAGCGCCAACAAGCUUACAGUCAAUUGAAGACACGGGCAGGAAAUACUCGAAAUAAUAUUGGCGGCGCCAACAAUAAGUGCAUUCUUUGGGCAAGGGUGCAGCCAGCAGGUGGGAAACUAUGUGAAAGAAUCUUCUGAUGUCAUAAUUUCUGGGUGUCGCUGGAACAUUUGAUCAUCAUUCCUUCGGCAAUUCUAGCUUUCUAUGGAAGGUCAGUAGAAGCAAUUGAUUUAUUCACCUCUACCGGAAUCAGACUCGGCCUAUUUUGGUUUUCAGUGAAUUAUGCCUUUUCGGUUUGGGACCCAACCAAGGAGGUUUCCAGUGGAAGGAGGAGAUUCUUCAAUUGGGCUAGAAUCAGGGCUGAGCUCAAGUGCUGCCUGUAAUGGGAAAGAGAUGUCACCAAAUAGGCAACUCCGAAGAUGCCCUGGAAGUCAUUGCCUGACAAUAACUGAUGUUCCCAUCACUAUCUAUGCAACAAUGCGAAAGCCACCUGCACAAAGCAGCAAGGAAAUGCAUCCUAAAUAGCAUCAUUAAGUCUGUUGUUGAGGGUUGACUAGGUCAAGGGUAAUGGGCCAAGAUCAUCUUAUGAUCUGGUAAACAAAUAAAAGUGGUGGCACCGUUGGAUGAUGACAA